CAACGUGUUGGGUGACACACACACAGGGUCGAGUUACUGCACACACACACGCACACACACGUACACUAACAAAACGUUACUCCAGUGUUUACGUUGAAGUUCACUGCUGCGAUUUAACCGAUAAAGGAAUCCACCUGCAAGUGUUGUCGUCCCUCCAGUGUUUGAUGGAGCGUUACGAGUCUCUGGGUCUGGUCGGAGAGGGCAGUUACGGCACCGUGCUGAAGUGCCGUCACCGAGACUCCGGCCGCCUCGUCGCCAUCAAGAAGUUCGUGGACUCGGACGACGACAAGACGGUGAAGAAGAUCGCCCUGAGGGAGAUCAAGCUGCUGAGGCAACUGCGUCAUGACAACCUGGUGAACCUUCUAGAAGUGUGGAAGCGCCGCCGCCGCUGGUAUCUGGUGUUCGAGUUCGUUGAGCGAACCCUUCUGGAUGACUUGGAGCAAAACCCGAGCGGACUAGACCUGGACACUGGCCGGCAGUACCUGUACCAGAUCCUGAGGGCUGCAGCCUUCUGCCACCAGCAAAAUAUCAUCCACCGUGACAUCAAACCGGAGAACAUACUCAUCUCUCAGGGGGGCGUGGUUAAGAUGUGCGACUUUGGCUUUGCCCGGACCAUGACGUCGCCUGCUGAGGCGGGCAUCUAUACCGACUAUGUGGCCACUCGCUGGUACAGAGCACCUGAACUGCUGGUGGGAGACACCAAGUAUGGAAAACCGGUAGACGUGUGGGCUGUUGGUUGUCUGUUAUUAGAGAUGUUAACAGGUCAGCCUCUGUUUCCCGGAGACUCCGACCUCGACCAGAUUUACCACAUCGUCAGGUGCUUCGGUAACCUGACAGCUCAACACCAGGAGUUGUUCUACAGGAAUCCCGUCUUCUCCGGAGUCAGACUGCAUGACUAUUCUGGCAGAGUCCGACUGGAGCAGCGCUUCCCGACAAUCACACCCACCGCCCUUGACUUGGCUCAGAGUUGUCUCCAGAUGGAUCCAGAAAGACGACCUCAGUGUUCAGAUCUGCAAGAACAUCCUCUGUUCACACAAGACUCUUUCCACAUCAGAUUUUUGGACGAGCUGAACGCUAAGAUCCAAAAAGACCACAGAGAAAACUCCACCCUUCCCAAAAUAACCAAAACUCCAAGAAGAGAAAGGAACGACGGUGAUGACAAGAACCGGAGAAGCAAAGACAAGAAACAACCUGAAGAUGUGGAUGAGAAAGUCAACAAGGAGACAAAAGGAAAGCAACUGUCGAAGCUUUCUAAAACUAUUCGUAACACCUCAGAACCUUCGAUGUCCACCUCCACCUCCACCUCCACCUCCAACUCCACCAAACAAUCCAAAACAUUAGGCGCCAAGAUUAUCGAUAAUGCGGCAAAAACGACUGUGGCCAUGAAAGGUAAACCAGGAAAAGCCACUGGUGUCGACUUGAGAAAGGAACCUGACAUCCACUUAACACAGAAAACUGGGAAAAUGUCCACUACAGAAUACCUUGAUGGUGCUUCAACAACUUCUAAAAUAUCAAAUAGCGAUCAAGUGUUGACACUUCAAGCAUCUCAACCGUCAAGCGAUGACCGCAUUGAGGUCGCUACCCCUUCUGUCACCAAGCCAUGCAAGACAACUAAGACCUCAGAGUAUUGUUCAAACAUGGACACAGAGCAAAGAUGGACCUUUGAAUGUCCAAAAGUCCUACCCUCAAACCCCAAACCCUCAAAGACUACCUCAAACUUUGGCCCCAAGAUGACCAAAAACACAUCUUUGUCCACCAGCCCAUCCAAGACUCUUACCUCAGAUCUUUCAAGGCAGUCCUCUGCCCACAGCACUACAACACUACCUAAAGAAACCUCAAAUUUGUCUUCAGAUACUAAAGCCACAAAUGACACCACACGUGUACCCGACAAACCUUCGAGAGGCCUUCCAACAAACGGAGAACUUACAGAAGUAUCAAACGCAACCAGAACUCAGCAGGAUAGUCGUUCAAACAAAGACUUCAAGGAGGAUCACGGAUGCUUGAUGAUGAGCCCGGUGACCAAAACAGCUGCAAACCACGUUGAGAUAUCUGAUGCUUCAGGUGGAGAUUACAAGGAGUGUGCUGAAUCCUCUGAUCCCUGCAGUGUCCAUCUGCAGAGCACUUCUAAGUCCAAGACCACCACCUCCAUGCCGAAUGAAAUCUCUAAAACCAGCACGUCAGUAGGGACUGCUAUUCUGAAAACAUUGAAAGUCUCAGAUAAAGAGAACAGGGAGGAUUUAGCACUUUCUUUGUCCAUCAAUGCAACACCCAGAUCUUUACUAAAUCAGACCUUACAGGUUUCUGGCAACUCUUACAAUGAGCAAAAGAGCAACAGCAAUGAAGCUGAACCGAACAAGAAAUCCUUGAAACCCCCUCACUUCAAACCUUUGAUCGGAGAACCUAAAACAAAACUUGGGUCUUUUAGCAACUACGCCGCAACAAUGACCCUAAAGAGAACUGCAUUUCCUUCAGAGGCAAGAAAAAAAAGAGACAACCCAGAAAAAGACGACACAACAAUCGCAGAUUCGACUUCGUUCACCUCUACAGCGACUCCAGACCGCAAAGCUUCGACAAGAAGCUCAGUCUUUCACAACGUGGACACCACAGAUUUCAGUGUAACCCAUUCGUCUUCACCACCUCCUCCUCCACCUCCUCCCUCCUCCACUCCUCUCCUCCUCACUCCAUCCUCCACACCCCUCAUCCCCUCUUUCUCCGUCGUCAGCCCAGCCACCAGCGAUCACCUUUCCAUGGGGGCAGGUUUCCAUCCUGGGACACACGGCCUUAGGUGUGUAGACAAGCCGAGGCACCACGGUGGCGUUUAUAGUCAAAUGUCCAGCCACAUUACAGGAUCACACACUGCACAGGUGUCCGAGAAGAAUCUGAUCUGCGAGCGUCCCUUCCUGUCCGAUCGCUGUAACCUUGGUAACAGCGGUGGCGUUAUAGCAACCAAAAAGAAGUCAGACAUCCAUUUCCCAGAUCUGAGAAGCUCAGCGCUGCCAGAGCUCAGAGGAAGAGAAGGCAAACACAACAAAGGCACUUCCAAGGAUCAGAGGAAAGACAAACAACCACUUCCUCCAUCAGAACCACAUCAGCACGGACACAACAGUACUGAUACACCUGAUAACACCAUAACAACAUGCAUCCCUUUACUUUAAUGUGAUGGCAGCUAAACAUAU